UUUCCUUUGUGAGAAACCCUCGCCCGCGUAUCUCUAUUGACAUUCGUUGCUUUAUUCCUCGGCGUGAAAGGCGCGCCUGUGCCCUCUUCAACGCAUUCCGCGUCUCUUCUCGCCAUCAUUUUCCCCAAGGCAAACAUUCCUCGGUGGAAGUUUCAUCCUCCACUUCUCUCCUAUCUACAACUUCUCUCCGCCUCUGCUCCUCAGUUGCACAACCAACGGCGGGGACACAAGCUUCAAUGGCGGCGCAGCACCCUAAAGAUGAGCACUAUCUCAAUUCUGUCAUUCCUAAACGCAUCCAACUUUUUCAGUCGAUACAAGCAAAGCUGCUCGCCGACCGUCGUUCUCUUCCCUCUGAUCCAAUCGAGAUCACCUUGCCGGAUGGGACGGUGAAGGCGGGUAAGAAAUGGCAAACAGCACCAAUAGAUGUAGCAAGAGAAAUCUCGAAAAGCUUGGCUGCGAAUGCUUUGAUUGCCCAAGUUGAUGGAGUUCUAUGGGACAUGUGUAGGCCGCUAGAAGGCGACUGUGAGCUUAAGCUGUUCACCUUCGAAAGCGAUGAAGGGCGCGACACAUUUUGGCAUUCUAGCGCUCAUAUACUUGGACAGUCGCUCGAGAUGGAGUAUGGUUGCAAGCUCUGCAUUGGACCCUGCAC